AUAGAUGACAAUGGAUGAAAACAUGAAAAGUGAAAAGCCGUUAAUAAAUAGAUUCAUUUUUUGGGUAUAAAUAAAUUAUAAAAUUGUUAUUAAAAUACAUAAAAGCAAGUGUGAUAAAAUGGAGGUAAAACAAGAAAUUAGCGAGGAAACGUGUAAAAUAGAAAUAGAGUAUAAUGACUACAAUGAGGCUCUUCUGGAUGGCGUUAAAUGUGAAGUUAAGGAGGAAGCCAAUGGACAAAGUACACAUGGCACAUAUGAUUAUUUAGACUUAGACUUAAAGGAGCAACCUAUAAAUACAAAAAUAGAACUACAUGGGAAUAAACUUUACUCAUUUGAAGAAAAUCAAAAAACUAAAAAAGGUUAUCUGCAGCAAGGAGAAAAUAAAAUGGAAAUUAUGGAGACACUAAUUGAACAUUCAUCUUACCAAAGCAAUUAUAUGGGUCCACACGCUGAAGAAAAAUCAUUACAUCAAAAUAAGAAAGUUGCGACUGAACGAAGACCUUACAAGUGUGAAAUUUGUUUUAAGCAGUUUACUAUAGCAAGUCAUUUGAAAAGACAUUUGAGAGUGCACACUGGCGAAAAAUGUUACAAGUGUGAAAUUUGUUUUAAACAAUUCAGUCAUAACGCAACUUUGAAAAAGCAUUUAAGGAUACACACCGGAGAAAAGCCGUAUAAGUGUGAAAUUUGUUUUAAGCAGUUUACUCAAGCAGUUCAUUUGGAAAGACAUUUGAGAGUGCACACUGGAGAAAAACCUUAUAAGUGUGAGAUUUGUUUUAAGCAAUUUAGUGAAGGAGGAUCUUUGAAAACACAUUUGAGACUGCACACCGGUGAAAAACCCUAUAAGUGUGAAAUUUGUUUUAAGCAAUUUAAUGAAGCAAGUACUUUGAAAACACAUUUGAGAGCGCACACUGGCGAAAAACCGUACAAGUGUGAAGUUUGUUUUAAACAGUUUUCGCAACAAGGAGCUAUCAAACAACAUAUGAGAAUUCACACUGGAGAAAAACAUUACAAGUGUGAAAUUUGUUUUAAACAAUUUAAUAACGGAAGUUCUUUGAAAAGACACUUGCAAGUGCACACUGGGGAAAAACCUUACAAGUGUGAAAUUUGUUUUAAGCAAUUUACUAGAGCAGGUGAUUUUAAAAUACAUUUCAGAUUGCACACUGGAGAAAAACCCUAUAAGUGUGAAAUCUGUUUUGCGCAGUUUACUAGAGCAAGUAAUUGGAAAAUACAUUUGAGAAGAGUUCACACUGGAGAAACCCCUUACAAGUGUGAAAUUUGUUUUAAGCAAUUUAUUGAAGCAAGUAAUUUGAAAGAACACUUAAGAGUGCACACUGGAGAAACCUCUCACAAGUGUAAAAUUUGUCUUAAGCUGUUUUAUAGAGCAAGUCAGUUAAAAACACAUUUGAGAGUGCACACUGGCGAAAAACCGUACAAAUGUGAAAUUUGUUUUAAACAGUUUUCUCAACUGGGACAUAUCACACAACAUAUUAGAAUUCACACUGGAGAAAAACAUUACAAGUGUGAAAUUUGUUUUAAGCAAUUUAAUCAAGCAGGUAAUUUGAAAAAACAUUUGAGAGUGCACACUGGCCAAAAACCGUACAAGUGUGAGAUUUGUUUUAAACACUUUAUCCAAUCAAGUGAUUUGAAAAGACAUUUGAGAGUGCACACUGGAUAAAAAAGCUUACAAGUGCGAAAUUUGUGAAAAUAUAACUACACAAUAUUGAUCGUAAUAGUAUUUUGAAA